AUGACUAUGAUGACUCCUCAACCGUUGGAUGGGUUAAGGCUAGGGUUUGCUGGAUCAGAGCAACAAGAAGACGAGGAGAUGCUGGUGCCGCACACGGAAUUGGUUGAGGGUCCGCUGCCCUUGGAAGGUCCACUGCCAUUGGAAGGUCCUCAGCCCAUGGAAGUAGUAGCAGCACAAAGAGAAACUGCUAAAACAGUGGAGAACCAAGCAGUUGAUGAGCCCCAAGCGUCUAGGUUUACGUGGACAAUUGAGAAUUUUUCUAGGUUGAAUGUCAAGAAGCUUUACUCCGACAUAUUUACUGUUGGUGGUUAUAAAUGGCGGGUGCUUAUUUUUCCAAAAGGAAACAAUGUGGAACAUAUGUCAAUGUAUUUAGAUGUGGCAGAUUCGGUAACAUUGCCAUAUGGGUGGAGCAGAUACGCCCAAUUCAGCUUGGCCGUUGUUAAUCAAAUCCAUACCAAAUUGACAAUAAGAAAGGACACUCACCACCAAUUCCAUGCAAGGGAGAGUGAUUGGGGCUUUACGUCUUUCAUGGCUCUUUGUGAUCUUUAUGAUCCCAGUAGAGGGUAUAUUGUGAAUGAUACAGUUGUUAUUGAAGCUGAUGUUGCUGUACGUAAGGUCAUUGAUUAUUGGACAUAUGACUCAAAGAAGGAGACUGGUUAUGUUGGACUUAAGAAUCAAGGAGCAACUUGUUACAUGAACUCUCUCCUUCAAACACUGUACCAUAUUCCUUACUUCAGAAAGGCUGUGUAUCACAUGCCAACAACGGAGAAUGAUAAUCCCACAGGAAGCAUUCCUUUGGCUCUUCAGAGUUUAUUUUACAAGCUUCAGUAUAAUGACACCAGUGUUGCAACAAAAGAUUUGACCAAAUCUUUUGGAUGGGACACAUAUGAUUCUUUCAUGCAGCAUGAUGUGCAAGAACUUAAUAGAGUUUUGUGUGAAAAGCUUGAAGAUAAGAUGAAGGGAACUGUUGUAGAAGGGACAAUACAGAAGUUAUUUGAAGGGCACCAUAUGAACUACAUUGAAUGUAUCAAUGUGGACUUCAAAUCUACUAGAAAAGAAUCAUUUUAUGACCUUCAGCUCGACGUUAAAGGAUGUCGAGAUGUUUAUGCUUCAUUUGACAAGUAUGUGGAAGUUGAACGUCUUGAGGGCGACAACAAAUAUCAUGCUGAGGAUCAUGGUUUGCAGGAUGCUAAAAAGGGCGUCUUGUUUAUGGACUUCCCUCCCGUUCUCCAACUUCAGCUGAAGCGGUUUGAAUAUGAUUUCAUGCGGGAUACGAUGGUGAAGAUAAAUGAUCGUUAUGAAUUCCCCCUACAACUUGACCUUGAUAGAGAGGAUGGCAAAUAUUUAUCCCCUGACGCUGAUAGGAGUGUUCGCAACCUUUACACACUUCAUAGGGCCUUUGGCUCUGUGAGUUUGUUUGACGUCGAGAGAGAGGGAGAGAGACCACAAGCUGAGAGAUGCGAAGCGAUAAUCUAUACGAAUAAGCCACACUCGCUGCGAAGAAACUAUGAUGAUGGGUUGUUGCAUGAUGACGACGAGUUUUGUGGAUUUCAAUCUUACAAUGAAGGAGAAGAAGAAGAAAAAUAA